AUGGGCCCCCAUAAAAGUAUCAGGAACAUACAAAGACUUCUCUCGUUCUAUUCAAAAAGAGCUCUAGCAACGCACUCUUCCUUACAGGACAAAGACUGCACGUCGCUGACCCCACCAUAUCCGCUCUUGCCGCUUUCCCUCGCGGAAAAGAUAUUGUUCUCUCAUCUGGAUGACCCCUCUAAAUCUUUGGAUGGUGCAGGCGCCAAUGGAAUAGUGCGUGGAGAAAGAUAUCUGCAACUGAAGCCUGCUCGCGUCGCAAUGCAGGAUGCCUCUGCCCAGCAAGUAUUUCCCCAUUUUGACAUUUUACUGCAAUUCAUGACGUGCGGGCUCCCCUCCACCGCUGUCUCCGCCUCUAUCCAUUGCGAUCACCUCAUACAAGCAAAUGUGGGGGCUGCGACAGAUCUGAAAAGGUCAAUCGAGAAUAACAUUGAAGUAUUCAAUUUUUUGGAAAGCGCAGCCAAGAAAUAUGUCGGGGGUGCUGACGCUGUGGAUGCUAUGACUGGGACUCCAUGGGAGCUGAAAGCCCCCAACAUCGUCGGGAUUCAUCUUACGGGGACGAUGAGCGGAUGGACAACACCCAAGGAUGGAGGUACCGGGCGUAUAUUGGAAUACUUUGGACCAGGGGUGCAUGCACAGUCAGCCACUGGGCUUGCGACGAUUGCAAACAUGGGUGCGGAGGUCGGCGCGACAACUUCCACAUUCCCGUACACUGAGAAUAUGGGGAGGUAUCUUCGUGCGACUCGUCGUGGGCCCGUUGCCGAGGCUGCUUCGUGGGCAGCUAAGCGUGGCUUCUUGAGGGCAGAUGAGGGUGUUGAGUACGAUGAAUCAAUAGAGAUCAACUUGUCUGAACUGGAACCAACCAUUAAUGGCCCAUUUACUCCGGAUCUGGCGACGCCCUUAUCCAAGUUUGGCUCCUUCGUUGCCGAAAAUGGUCUCAUAGGCUCAUGCACCAAUAGCUCAUAUGAGGACAUGACUCGCGUCGCAAGUAUCGCCCGGCAAGCUAAAUCCGCUGGUCUCAAAGCGAAGGUCCCUUUUCUGUGCACACCUGGUUCAGAGCAAAUUCGGGCCACAAUCGAGCGAGACGGUUUGACUGACGUUCUUCAAGAUGUGGGCGCUGUCGUGCUGGCGAAUGCAUGUGGGCCAUGCAUCGGCCAAUGGAAACGGGAUGAGAAGAAAGGCGAAGACAAUGAGUCUCUUUACAGCAACUUUAAGGGGAGAAAUGAUGGAAAUAGCAAGACGAUGAACUUCCUUGCUUCUCCGGAGAUUGUCACUGCCAUGGCCUUUUCUGGAGAUCUGACAUUCAACCCCAUGACGGAUUCAUUGAUAGAUACUCAUGGACAACCAUUCAAGUUUGACCCACCGAGCGGUAGCAAUCUUCCUGAAAAUGGCUUUGAACCUGGCAAAACUGCCUAUACCCCUCCCCCAUCGCCUAUUCCACACCCCGAGACGGAGGUCAUCAUUUCGCCUGCAUCAACGCGAUUGGAAGCCUUGAAACCAUUCCCGUCUCACUUCACAGGUACAAACCUGGAACUUCCGACUAUGGAAGUCCUUAUGCGUGUCCGGGGCAAGUGUACAACGGAUCACAUUUCUGCGGCUGGCCCGUGGCUGAAAUUUAAGGGCCAUUUAACAAACAUUUCCGAGAACACGCUAUUUACGGCGACAAAUGAUGAGAACGGUCAAGUAAAUGUCGUAGUAGACCAUCUCACCGGGGAAGAGACAUCCAUCCCGGAUCUGGCCAAAAGAUUCAAGAUGCGAUCUCAGCCUUGGGCGCUCAUUGUCGAUCAAAAUUACGGCGAAGGGAGCGCCCGGGAGCAUGCGGCAAUGCAGCCACGCUUUUUGGGUGGUUCCCUCAUUAAACAAGGCAUUCUUCCACUUUGGUUUGUGAACAAGGAAGACUACUCGCUUAUCUCCUCGGGCGAUCUUAUCCAGACCGUGGGUCUUGACGAUGUAUUCAAUGGUAUUCCAGGAGCGACCAUCAAGUUGAAAGUGACGAAGCGGCCACAACAGAGCGACGUGAAGGGUGCUGGGCUAGAGGUAAUCCUAAUUGAGACUAGACAUACCAUGUCCCCCGACCAGCUCAACUGGCUGCGUGCUGGCUCAGCAUUGAACUUCAUCCGAGAACAGUAG